CUCCGGCGACGCGCAUGAUAUCCAAUUUCCUGUGAGUUCACUUCAGAGCGCCUUCUUUCUCAGGCGAUCCUUCGUCAUCGUUGGGCUACUAAAAGUGUCAGAUUAUCAGAAGCAAGCUGGCAAGCAAGUCACAAACAUCAAAUAUUGAGUAGAAGAAGCCUCGUUCUUAAAAAACCUAAGCCGCUGGUCAUGGACAAGAAGCCUAUCCAUCCUUUUCAUAGCAAUGAAGAUGCAGUCGAAAUUUCAAGAGUACUGAGAGAGGUUCCACCAGCUGACUACCUAUUUCAAAUCAAAUCGUUUUCAUUGCUUUCCAAGACAAAAGAGAAAAGAUUUGAAUCAAGUGACUUUGAAUCAGGUGAUUACAAAUGGAAAUUGUGUCUGUACCCGAAUGGAUAUGAGAAGGAAAACGGGAAAGGACACAUCUCUCUAUACUUGGCAAUAUCGGAUACAGAUACAUUACCUCUUGGUUGGGAGGUUAAUGUCAAAUUCGACUUGUUUGUGUAUGAUCAUAUCCGUGACAAGUACCUGACCAUCCAAAAUGCUGAUGGGAGAGUAAGACAUUUCCACAGGUUUAAGACUGAGUUCGGUUUCGCAAAAUUACUUUCCCUCGACACUUUCAAAGAUGCUUCUAAUGGAUACCUCAUUGAUGACUCCUGUAUGUUUGGAGCCGAGGUUUAUGUCAUUAAAUCUACUGGCAGAGGAGAGUGUCUUUCUUUCGAGGAAACUUCUGUCGAUUGUUACAAUUGGGAGAUCCAAAAAUUUUCAGAAAUAGAAGAUGAGCAGUUGUUCUCUGAAACUUUCACCAUUGGAAAGCAAAAAUGGAAGAUGGUUGUUUAUCCCAAAGGAAAUGGCUGUGAAGAGGGCAAAAGCUUAUCCGUCUUUCUACGUAUAGCUGAUUGCGGAUCCUUUCCAACAAAGCAAAAAUUAUAUACAGAAUUUAGCUUGCGAGUAAAAGAUCAAGUCAAUGACAAUCACCACGAAAUGAAAUGUGAACAUAUGCCCUGCAUUUCUAACAUUUGUCCUUUUUCACAGAUUCCCAAGUACAGCUGAUGAACUGGGAAACUGGUUUGUCAAAAUUUUCUUUUUAAAAUUAGUUUGUUCACUAGGUCUAAAAAUUUUCCUUUUAAUUUUCUCUCACAGUUGAUGGUUGGUUCUGUGACCCGAGCAAAGGCAGGGGUUUUGUAAAGGCAAUUUCUCUUGCAGAUCUCCAUGACACAAGAAAGGGCUUCAUAAUACGAGAUAUUCUGGUUGUUGAAGUACAAAUUCAUGUGAUGUCUGAUUUGAAACAGUUCUCUUAACAAGAGGAUUGUGCCUGUUGCUUUAGAAAACACUGUUUUGUAUGGUUUAUGCUUUGGAAGCCAAUAUUGUUCCUUCUUUAUCUAAGUAGCUGGCUAGUAACAAUUUUCCAACUAUUCCAAUUGUUACGUUAUCUAUCUGGAUAAUGUAAAGAUAUAUUGGUACCCACUUUUGCUAUAUAUAAU